AUGGAGGCCUGUCAUGAGUGUGGAGAUUUGCAUCACACCAUGUUGCAUCCUGAGCGGUCCCAACGACAUCGUCAACAACCACUACGACGUCAACAACAACCACAACAACGUCAACAACAACCGCAACGUCGUCAACAACAACGUCGUCGACCACAACCUCGCCAGCAGAUGCAAUCUUCACGUCGCCGUCAGCAGCUACCUCAACGUCGCCGUCAGCUAGUACAACGUCGUCGUCCCCAACCACGCCGUCGUCAACCUGUUGCAGUUACCCAAAAUGCCCAGGAAUUGGUACAACAGAUUGUUGCAGCUGUGGGCCAAUUGUCGGGGGCAUUAAAUAUUGCACCAGUGCAAAAGGGACGUGAUGUCAAGGAUCGAUCUGGCAACGACUUGAUCGACCUCGACUAA